AUGGGGGUUCUUGGCGGCAUCAACAGGAAGCACAUUUCGCACAACAGGAAGAAGAACUCGAAGAACAAGAAACAUAGAGCGAGAGCGACAGGGGAGCUAGACUCUAGAAGAGAGUUGAACAAGAAGAACAGAGUCGAGAAACAAACAAAGGCAGUGCAGCUUUCUUCGAAAACAAUAUCUAAGAAGAAGCAACGUAUCAUUGACAAGAGGAAGAAAAUUCUGAUUCCCGAUGCGAUGGUCAGGAAUGAAGAAAAGUACAAGAAGUUUAAGAUGGACGUUGAAGACUCUGAACAAACCGCUGAGAACGCUCAAGAUUGA